GUCGUCAAGAUAGCAACUUGAGAGUGUGCGAAAGUGAAGAACAGGGCAGAGAUUAUGUGAAAAAAGACAGAUGGUAUAAAAUGAAGGACUUGGAUUGCCACAGAGGGAUUUCUUCGACACCCCAUUUAUGUCCUCCUAUUCAGCCUUUUUUCUGUUCAGUCCCUAAUGAUAUACUUCAAGAAAAGAAUUAUCUAAUGACAGAGACUUUUCCCCAACUCAAUGCCUUUUGCAGAUCCAGAGGAACAUAUUUCAGAGCCAUCCACCUUCAGGAACAUGCACAUGACAUUCAGUUAACUGUUUCUCAACAGACAGCAAAUUUCUCUCAGCAGAAAAACAUUUCUUCUCAACAUUUAAAGAUCAGCCUUGACUAUAUAAACAAUUGCUCGCCAUUUUUUAUUUGUGUGCUUGGCAGCCAAUAUGGAGAUUUCUGCACUGACUUCCCAGAACCCUUAGAGACAUCCACAUCAAAUGAAGAAGUAUUGCCUUUAGUGAAAAGGAAUCUAUACAUGGCAGCUGCUACUGGAUACCCUUGGGUUCUUAGUGAGAAAAAUAGGAAUUGCAGCUUGACUGAACUUGAAAUCAUCCAGGCAGCCUUUAUUAAUAACUCACAUUUUAGUUUUUUUUACUUUAAAGAUUAUUGUCAUUCAGAAGACAUGACAGAGGCUAUUUAUGAUUCAAAACACACAAUCCUGAAGCAGUUCACCCAUCUUACAGAGUCUGAACAGCUUAAGGUCAGAGAACUGAAAUGUAAAAUUAUUAACAAGGGCUUACCAGUCAGAUUCUACAAAAGCCUGAAACACCUAGGAGAGAUGGUAUUUGAGGAUUGGAAAGGAAUCGUUGAAAAACUAUAUUCAGAGAAUUUACUUUAUACAAGUCCAAGUCAUGAAGACAAUUUAAUCCAAGUGCUCAGUAAAGCUUUUACAAAGCGCUGCUCUAAGCCAUUUGUGUCCUCACCUGAGUCUCAGCUGGUUUUUGAAAAGCUGGAUGCAUUUGUGCUUUCAAGUUCAGAAGCUUGUGAUACUGAAGAAAACAGCUUACAGCCUCAAGUGAAGUCAGCACAGAAGUCUAUCCUUCUCUUAUACGGAGCAAAAGGAAGUGGGAAAUCUUCUCUCCUUGCCAACUGGUUAGAGAUGUUUACACAAAACCACCAAGAAAUGUUGGUAUUAUCGCAUUAUGUUGGAACCAAUUCCUCUGCUUCUGAUAUCCAGCUGUUUCUUAGAUACUGCACCAGAAAGCUCCGUUGCAAACACUUUGGUAUAGAGGAGGCAGAUGCACUGUACAGUGAAAAUCAAUUGGAUCUAUGGACAUUUCCACAGGUUGUGCAAGCAUUUGUUAGUGCAGCUGGACUGAGACCAUGUCUCUUAGUGCUUGAUGGGAUUAAUGAACUAGGAGCCACUUUCGGACUGUCGGAAAAACAGGUGAAAGAGUUUCAGUGGAUGCCAGUAUUGCCACCAAACUGCAAGUUUGUAUUGUCCACAACAUUUUCUGAUCUAUCCUACAAAAGCAUUAUCCACCGGCAAGAUGUUCAAGUACUCCACUGUACUUGUCCAUCAGACACAGUUAGAGGUAGAAUCCUCCAGAAACACCAGGCACUUCCAGAAAAAGAAAUUCCAAGUUCUCUGCUGUGGAAUAUUAUGCAUAAAAAAUUAAGCAAACUCCCAACUGUCUUGGCUGUUCUGGGCUAUGAACUGCGUACCUGUGGGGUCUUUAGAGAUGAAGAAGUAUGCAUGGAAGAGUAUUUAGAAGUUCAUUCUCUUCAUGAACUAUGGGGCUUAGUUUUAAAGCGCUGGGUACAAGAUUACAGUUGGACGGCUGAGAAAAAAAGAAGUAAGAAGAAGAGAGAAUCUAGUUCACAUUCUGAAGGGAUGAAAGGGUGGGUGCCUGAUGUUUUAUGCUUAAUUCGUCUGUCUCAUGGUGGACUCAGUGAAGAUGAACUCCUGAGCCUCUUGAGGAUACUGGGAUACAGUGGGCCUUUUGAAGUUCCCAACCUUGCCUGGGCCUCUUUUCGUUGUAGUGUAUGGGAAUGGAUUCAAGAGCAACCUGAUGGAAUGAUUAACUUUAACCACCGUUCCAUAAGCCAGGCUGUGGACCAUUUCAUACUGAAUUCGUUCCUUCCUUUAACUGAAGAAUCUUCAAGUAUUACUCAUGCAUCAAAGAGCAGAAAGAAGACCUUACACCGACAUCUGGCACAGUUCUUUCGGCACCAUCAUUCUUUAGAGAGAGUCUAUAUGGAGUAUCCCUGGCAUCUAGAGAGAUGUGCAAACUGGGAUGAACUUCAUGCCUUUGUUUCUAAUCUGGAGAUAGUUGACUUUGUGUCCAGAAACACAGAACACUGGCAACAAUGUAAAAUGGACUUUCUUCUGUACUGGAAGGCUUUAUUGGAUCACGGAUAUGAUAUAUUUAUCUCAUUUCAAAAAAUAUUGGAAGAAAUAAUUGCAGGAGGCUAUGGAAUUGUACAGGACAUAAGCGAUGUGGCUAUAAAGGAUGAUGACCCAGAACGGCUUAUAACAUUUGCUAUAGAAACUGUAGACAUCUUAGGAAACCCUGGACAGGCUGAGAAUCUUCUUUUGAUGGCAGAAUCUCUUCUAUCUACGGGUGGUAUGCAAGAUCGAAGAACAAUGGAAGGUCUGCUAAGAGUAUCGAAGUAUCUUGUAGACUUCUACUACAGGGAAGGGAAUCUGCAAAUGUCUAAAAGAUACUGUUACAAAGCAUUGGCCAUUACAGAGUCUUUAAUAAAAAUGUCUGAAGAGAGAAUUGAUGAUAUUCAAAGAGUGAAAGGUGAAGUGCUGAGGAAAAUGGGUGAAAUUGCUGUUAAGGAAAACUCAGUAAAUGUGCAUGAGAUUCUGGAGGAGAUCUCUAGGAAUCCAAGUAUACGCAUUCACCCAUGUGGAGAAGCUACAGAGAAAUUAAUUUGUGGAUUUCACAACUUUUCUUUCAGGAAGUUUUCUGUAGCAGAAUCCUGCUUUAAUGAAGCGCUUACACUCAGGAAAUGCUGGUAUGGCCAGGACCACCCCCUGGUGGCUGACAUAGAAGAAUGUCUGGCAGAUCAGUUUCUUUAUUCAAAGGCUGACUUCAGCUCCAGCAGAAGAUUGCUUCUAGAACUUUACAAUCAUGUGGUAAACGUUAAAGAACAUGAAAUGCGACACACUUCGUCUCCCCAGGCAGCAUGGUUUUUAGGAUGCAGCAUAGCCACUUCUCUUAUUAAAUUAGGAAAAGUGUUAAGGCAUAAUGGGCGUCUGCAGGAGAAACGAGAAGCAAAAGAACAUUUGCAAAGAGCAGUGGAUCUGCGAGUUGGACUACUUGGUCCAGACCACAGAAUGACAAGAGAAGCGCUCUUAAUUUUGAAAAAUGCUUGUGACAAAUUGGGAAAUGACAUCAAACUACUAAACUUGAGAAGAAAUAGUUUACCAUCUUCUGAAAAUAACACAGCCUCCAGUUCCUUUCCAUAUAAUCCACAAUCACGAGAUAUGAAAACUCCCAGUUUCUCUGUUGUUGCCUCAUCAUUAGAAUGUCCAGUAUCUCGUCCUGCAUCAUCAGCAAUCCAUUCUGAAAAGUGCUCCACCUUCAGGCCACUUACAACUUGCCUGACCACCAUAUCAGGGCCAUUCAGCAGCAUCACAAAUUUGAUGCCAUCGGUUACACCAGAUUUGCUAGAUAGACAUAACGUUAUCCACAAAUCAGCUUGGUACCAUGUACCAGGAAGAUACCCCACUCUUCAACAGAUGUUUCCACCUAAAAGGCAUCAGGUCAGAAUAAAUGCAUGGAUAAACACAAAAUUAUAACACUCAAGUGAAUCUGACAAAAACAUUCCAGAUGUGUGUUUUUUUAAUCAGUUUCAGCAUUUCAGUGACGUACAGUGGCACACUAGUUAGGGCUGUUGACUUACAGCAGUCUCUGUGAAGCAUAAUCUUUCUGCACCCAGAUGGACUUUCUAUGGGUAGUACGGAUUCUUCCUACCACUAAAAGACCUUAAAGUUAACUGGUAAAACUAUAUUAGUCCAUUUUGGGUGUACAUUAUACCUUGCAAUAGACUGAUGAGCCAUCCAGAAUUGGUUUGUGCUGUGAGCCGGAGACUGCUAGGAUAAUUUCUAACUCAAUACAGUGGAAAAUGCAAGUUCAAACAAUGUUUGGAUAUAUAUUCAGAAAUUAUGUGCUACAUAUUGUCCAGACUCUGGUGUACUGUAAUUGUUUAUCCUUAAAGCCUGUUUUGGGCUCAGAUGAAAGUGAAUUAUGUUCCAAAAUGACUCAUCAAGCAAUUACCAUGUUUUAAGCACGUACAGAUUAAUGUUACUCUGUGACACAUACUGUUAUUCAGGAACAGGUCAUUAGUCCAUUAUAAAAUGUAAAGUUGCCUUUAUAGUUUUAGAAACCUGGAUUCAAAUCCUAGCCAGGCUAUGUAUCUGUGUGGAGUUACCACAUUCCCCAUAUGUCCGAAUGUGUUUUCCUUUGGGUCAGUCAGUAAGUCAUAUUUUGGUUAUUUCAACCACAUCCCAAAGACAGGUAAGUUAGGUGAACCGACAGCUCUACAUUGCUCUUCUGUGAGUAAAUGUGGCUGUGUGCCACCUAAUAUCCAGAUUGAAUAUUAGGUCAUUAUCACCCUAAAACUAGAUUGGGUAUGUUUCGUAUCUAAAUAGAUAGACGGAAAAUAUAUUUGAAAAAAAUCACUCAGAUUUUAAUAUGUGUAAAUAUAUGUGGAUUUCAUUAACCUAAAAAUAUAUAUACUCACAACAGUAAAGCAGAGUCAUUUACAGUGGUGUGAAAAACUAUUUGCCCCCUUCCUGAUUUCUUAUUCUUUUGCAUGUUUGUCACACAAAAUGUUUCUGAUCAUCAAACACAUUUAACCAUUAGUCAAAUAUAACACAAGUAAACACAAAAUGCAGUUUUUAAAUGAUGGUUUUUAUUAUUUAGGGAGAAAAAAAAUCCAAACCUACAUGGCCCUGUGUGAAAAAGUAAUUGCCCCCUUGUUAAAAAAUAACCUAACUGUGGUGUAUCACACCUGAGUUCAAUUUCCGUAGCCACCCCCAGGCCUGAUUACUGCCACACCUGUUUCAAUCAAGAAAUCACUUAAAUAGGAGCUGCCUGACACAGAGAAGUAGACCAAAAGCACCUCAAAAGCUAGACAUCAUGCCAAGAUCCA